AUGUGGCUUCAGCUGCUCCUCUUCCUGCUGGCCCCUCAGGGCGGGCGUGGCUGUCAUGGGCCGGAGCUGGACCGGGAACUUGUCCUGGCCAAGGUGAGGGCCCUGUUCCUGGAUGCCUUGGGGCCCCCGCCGGUGACUGGGGAAGGUGGAGAUCCUGGAGUCAGGCGUCUGCCUCGAAGGCAUGCCGUGGGGGGCAUGCGCAUGGGCUCUGAGCCCGAGGACCAAGAUGUCUCCCAGGCCAUCCUUUUUCCAGCUGCAGGUGCCAGCUGUGGGGAUGAGCCAGAUGCUGGAGAGGCUGAGGAGGGCCUCUUCACGUAUGUGUUCCGGCCAUCCCAGCACACACGCAGCCGCCAGGUGACUUCGGCCCAGCUGUGGUUCCAUACGGGACUGGACAGACAGGAGACCACUGCCACCAAUAGCUCUGAGCCCCUGCUCGGCCUGCUGGUACUGACAUCCAGGGGUCCCACGCCUGUGCCCAUGUCGCUGGGCCAGGCACCCCCUCGCUGGGCUGUCCUGCACCUGGCCACCUCCGCCUUCCCUCUGCUGACCCAUCCUGUCCUGGCGCUCCUGCUGCGUUGUCCUCUCUGUUCCUGCUCCGCCCAGCCCGAAGCCACCCCCUUCCUGGUGGCCCACACACGGGCCAAGCCGCCCAGUGGAGGGGAGAGGGCCCGGCGCUCCACGCCCCUGCUGCCCUGGCCUUGGUCUCCCGCUGCGCUGCGCCUGCUGCAGAGGCCUCCAGAGGAGCCUGCCGCCCAUGCCGACUGCCACAGAGCCGCCCUCAAUAUCUCUUUCCAGGAGCUGGGCUGGGACCGGUGGAUCGUGCACCCUCCUAGUUUCAUCUUCCACUACUGUCACGGGGGGUGUGGGCUGCCCACCCUACAGGACCUGCCCCUGCCGGUCCCUGGGGUGCCCCCUACCCCUGUCCAGCCCCUCUCUCUCGUGCCAGGGGCCCAGGCCUGUUGCGCUGCCCUCCCAGGGACCAUGAGGCCCCUACAUGUCCGCACCACCUCGGAUGGAGGUUACUCUUUUAAGUAUGAGAUGGUGCCCAACCUUCUCACCCAGCACUGUGCUUGCAUCUAA